GUAGCGAGGGCGGGGACGGCGCUGAAUGUCGGAGGCUGGAGGAGGCCUUCUCUGCUAAAAUGCUGCUCGAUUUGUCCGAGGAGCAUAAGGAGCACCUGGCCUUCCUACCGCAAGUGGAUAGCGCAGUGGUCGCCGAGUUCGGGAGGAUAGCGGUGGAGUUCCUCCGACGGGGAUCUAACCCGAAGAUCUACGAAGGCGCCGCCAGGAAACUCAAUGUGAGUAGUGACACUAUCCAGCAUGGUGUGGAAGGAUUGACAUAUCUUCUUACUGAGAGCUCCAAGCUCAUGAUUUCUGAACUGGAUUUCCAAGACUCUGUUUUUGUCCUGGGAUUCUCCGAAGAACUGAAUAGAUUAUUGCUUCAGCUCUACCUGGACAACAGAAAGGAGAUCAGAACUAUUCUGGAUGAGUUGGCACCUCGUCUUCCCAGUUACCAUAGUCUUGAAUGGCGACUAGAUGUACAACUUGCAAGCAGAAGUCUCCGGCAACAGAUUAAACCAGCAGUGACUCUAAAGCUGCACCUUGAUCAGAAUGGCGACCACAGCACCCAUCUUCUGCAGACAGACCCAGCUACCCUGCUCCAUUUGGUUCAGCAGCUGGAGCAAGCGCUGGAGGAAAUGAAGACAAGCCACUGCAGGAGAGUAGUCCGCAGCAUCAAGUAGCUCCGAGGUGCAGGUGGCAACCCAGGCAUGGCUGUAGUACAUCUGGAUUUCAUGGACUUUCUUUUCUGGUUCAGGAUGUUGAAUUCUUGAUUGAAAGUACAGUUCCUUUCUGGUGCUAAGUGCAGUCAGCUUCUUCACAAAUUGAGAAGUAUUUUGUAUUUUAAGUGUGUAAGUAGAAUGGACUUAACUAAAAUGAAUCUAUACUGAUCAUGUCUUCUGUGUAUAUGUGAUUCUCCUGGAAUAUUGUUCAUGUCUUCUGUGUAUACGUGAUUCUCCUGAAAUAUUGUUCAUGUCUUCUGUGUAUACAUGAUUCUCCUGGAAUACAGUUCAUGUCUUCUGUGUACACAUGAUUCUCCUGGAAUAUUGUUCAUGUCUUCUGUGUAUACGUGAUUCUCCUGAAAUAUUGUUCAUGUCUUCUGUGUAUACGUGAUUCUCCUGGAAUACUGUUCAUGUCUUCUGCGUACAUGUGAUUCUCCUGGAAUACUGUUUAUGUCUUCUGUGUAUAUAUGAUUCUCCUAGAAUACUGUUCAUGUCUUCUGUGUAUACGUGAUUCUCCUGGAAUAAUGUUUAUGUCUUCUGUGUAUAUGUGACUCUCGUGGAAUACUGUUCAUGUAUUCCAUGUACAUGGGACUCAACUCUCCUGGCUUGGGUAUUUUUUUUGUCUGUUUUAUUUUCUUUUUCCUUGAUAAAAUUUGAAAAUAAGAUUCACUGUUAGUUAGAACUAUUUCUAGACAGUUCAGUAUCUUUUACUUCUAAAAGCACUGUACGAUUAUAACCAUAGAAAAAGAUAAAUAGGAUUUUUUACAAGAUUGUGUAUAUUAUUACAGGUAGCUUGUAUAUUCUUGUUUGUAUAUGAAGAUGGCAAAUAGCAAUUAUACCAUAUUGCUUACAUUUUAGUUACUGAUAUACAAAUUUCUGUGGUCCUAUCAUGCAUUUUAUCAGGAACUAGGGCUGGGUGGUGGUGGCACAUACCUUUAAUCCCAGCUCUUGGGAGGCAGAGGCAGGCGGAUCUCUGUGAGUUCGAGGCCAGCCUGGGCUACAAGAGCUAGUUCCAGGACAGACUUCAAAGCUACAGAGAAACCCUGUCUCAAAAAAAACAAAACAAAAAAGUAUCAGGAACUAAUUUCCCACGUUCCCAAAGCAAUUAAAAGACACAUCAUCAUUUACAUUUAUAAAUAAUGAAUAGCUAGGCGGUGGUGGCGCACGCCUUUAAUCCCAGCACUUGGGGGACAGAGUCAGGCAAAUUUCUGUGAGUUCAAUGACAGCCUGGUCUACAGAGCGAGUUCCA